CUGGACUACUAUAAAUACUACACAUACAUCUACUUGUUUUCUCAGCUCUAUGCCGAGAGAAAGCAUUGAUCCAACAAUAAAAGCGAAAAGAUGGCUGAGCAGCAUCAGGGUGUUGAGAUUCCUAGAGUGAAACUUGGAUCUCAAGGACUUGAGGUUUCCAAGUUGGGGUUUGGCUGUAUGGGGCUUAGCGGAAAUUACAAUGAUCCAGUCCCUGAUGAGGUUGGCAUCUCCAUCAUCAAGCAUGCAUUCGCCAGAGGAAUCACAUUCUUUGAUACAUCAGAUAUCUAUGGACCCCAAACUAAUGAAAUAUUGGUUGGAAAGGCAUUGAAGCAACUACCACGAGAGAAGGUACAAUUGGCCACAAAAUUUGGUGUUGUCAAGAUGGAUCCUGCAGCUGGUAUUGUAAUAAAUGGUACCCCUGAAUAUGUCCGCGCCUCGAUCCAGGCUAGCCUGAAGCGCCUUGAUGUCGAUUACAUUGAUCUCUACUACCAGCACAGGGUCGACACUAAAACACCAAUAGAGGAUACUAUGGGAGAACUGAAGAAGUUGGUAGAAGAGGGGAAGAUAAAGUACAUAGGUUUAUCAGAAGCUAGCCCUGAAACCAUAAGGAGGGCACAUGUUGUUCAUCCCGUCACUGCCCUACAAAUGGAGUGGUCCCUUUGGAGUCGUGAUAUCGAGAACGAAAUAAUCCCCCUGUGCAGGGAACUUGGGAUUGGGAUAGUUCCAUAUAGCCCUCUCGGUCGUGGUUUCUUCGGUGGCAGGAUUGUUGCGGAAAGUGUUCCUGCAAAUAGUUAUCUGACAUUUCACCCCAGGUUUCAAGGAGAAAACUUGGAGAGGAACAAGAAAUUGUAUUUGCAAAUAGAGAAGUUGGCUCAAAAGCAUGGAUGUACUCCUUCACAACUUGCACUUGCUUGGGUUCUUCAUCAAGGGGAUGAUGUAGCACCCAUUCCCGGAACAACCAAGAUCACAAAUCUCGAAAGCAACAUCGAUGCUCUACGACUGAAGCUCACAGAAGAAGACUUAAAAGAGAUUACUGCCGUGAUUCCUUUAAAUGAGAUAGCUGGGUCCAGGACACCAGAUAGAUUGAGUCACCUAACAUGGAAAUUCGCUAAUACACCCACAAAGGAGAAGAAGAUUUGAAAGUUAAAAGUAACAAUGAUUGCGCAACCUGCAGCAGAAUAUUAUGAUGCUUAUAGCCCAUGGACUCUCCAGCCACUGAAGCUAUUGAAGGAUUAGAAGUAUAAAUAGAGGGUUCAUUGAAACCCGAAGUCAGUUCAUCAUUACCAAAAAUAAAAUCAAAUAAAGAAGCAAGUCAGUUUACUAUAAAUAUGUUUGUUAAGAGCAAUGAUUAAGAUGCUAUUUUUAGAACAAUUUGUUGCUAUUUAUAACAAUAAGUUAUAUUUCUUAAAUUUAAAAA